AUGGCCACCAAUUCGCGUCCCGGGGCACCUUUGAAUGCUAAAUCACGUACUUCACCAUAUGCAUCCCGACAGUCAUUAUACGCCGCCCGGAAUCGCAAUCUUCUGAUGUACUCCUCUGCCGUCAUUGUUUUUGCAGUAGGGGUUACUUAUGCUGCAGUUCCGCUCUACCGGAUGUUCUGCGCAGCCACUGGCUUUGCUGGCACUCCAAAUGUCGGUACAGGCAGAUUUGAACCUGCGCGCCUGGUUCCUGUUGAUGGAGCACGUCGCAUCAAGGUUCAUUUCAAUGCUGACCGUGCUGAAGCGUUACCGUGGACUUUUACUCCUCAGCAGAAGUUCGUGACGGUCCUUCCCGGAGAGACCAGUCUUGCGUUUUAUAAGGCAACGAAUGAGAGUAAAAAGGACAUAAUUGGAAUCGCAACGUACAAUGUCACGCCUGACCGAAUCGCCCCGUAUUUUUCGAAAGUAGAGUGCUUCUGCUUUGAGGAGCAGAAAUUACUUGCAGGAGAGGAAGUCGAUAUGCCUCUCCUUUUCUUCAUAGACAAAGAUAUUCUCGAUGACCCUGCGUGUAGGGGCAUUGAUGACGUUGUUCUCUCGUAUACAUUCUUCAGAGCCCGUCGUAACGCUCAAGGUCAUCUUGAGCCAGAUGCAACUGACAAAGACGUUCAGAAGUCCCUUGGGCUUGAGGAUUACGAGAUGGCACCGCGUGCAGAAAUCCGCAAUGCGCAACCAGGAAAGAGCCCGUGA